UCCUCUCCUUCACUAGAAACAAUCAGACAAACAUAAACAUAGUAUCAUUUGGAAAUUUCUAUAUAUAUUAUUGCUUUGCUUUUACUUUUUCUUUGGCUAGAGUCGAGGAAGUUGAUAAUGGAUCAGAGAAAAGGAAAAGAGAUGAGAGAUAUUGCAGUUCGUGAUGAUGAAGAGAAAUGGGUUUAUGAUUCUUCUGUUGAUCAUAAAGGAAGACUCCCACUCCGAACUUCUACUGGUGCUUGGAAAGCUUCCCUAUUUAUCAUCACAAUCGAGUUCAGUGAGAGGCUGACUUACUUUGGGAUAGCAACCAGUUUAAUCAUUUACCUCACCAAAGUGAUUCACCAAGAUCUCAAAACAGCGGCCAGGAGCGUCAACUACUGGGCUGGGGUCACAACGUUGAUGCCACUCUUUGGUGGCUUCAUUGCUGAUGCUUACUUGGGCCGGUUUUAUACGGUUCUUUCCUCUUCCGUCGUCUACCUGCUGGGUUUGGUUCUCUUGACAAUGUCCUGGUUUGUACCGAGCUUAAAGGCAUGCGAUGGUGAUGUGUGUGCUGAGCCGAGGAAGGCUCAUGAAGUGGCCUUCUUCCUUGCCAUAUACUUGAUCUCCAUCGGGACCGGUGGCCAUAAACCUUCAUUGGAAAGCUUUGGAGCUGACCAGUUCGACGACCAUCACCCCGAAGAGAGAAAGAAGAAGAUGUCCUUCUUCAACUGGUGGAACUCUGGUCUCUGCUUCGGACUCUUAUUGGGGGUCACUGUCAUUGUUUACGUUCAAGACCAUAUCAAUUGGGGCACUGCGGAUAUUUUUCUGACCAUAGUGAUGGCAUCGUCUCUGUUAAUCUUCAUCAUCGGAAGGCCGUAUUAUCGUUAUAGGAAGGCAGCAGGAAGCCCCUUAACACCUAUGUUGCAGGUUCUCGUAGCUGCCAUUUCUAAAAGAAAACUGUCUUACCCUUCCAAUCCUGCAGAAUUGUAUGAAAUUCCCAAGUCACAGAUGACACAGGGGAGGAUUUUGUGCCACACUGAGAAACUGAAGUUCCUUGACAGAGCUGCCAUUGUUGAGAACAAGGAAAAUUCGUUUGAGAAACAGGAUCCUUGGAGACUUGCAACGGUGACCAAGGUUGAGGAGAUGAAGCUUGUUAUCAACAUGAUUCCCAUAUGGUUGACAACUUUGCCGUUUGGAAUCUGUGUAGCCCAAGCUGCCACAUUCUUCAUCAAACAAGGUGUCAUUAUGAACCGCAAGAUGGGCGAUUUCGUGAUCCCACCGGCCUCAAUCUAUUCUCUAGCUGCCAUUGGAAUGAUAAUAUCGGUAACUAUAUAUGACAAGGUCCUCGUACCGGUAUUAAGGAAAGUGACCGGAAACGAACGAGGCAUCAAGAUUCUCCAGAGGAUUGGCAUUGGAAUGCUUUUCUCGGUCGCUACGAUGAUUGUUGCAGCACUGGUGGAGAAAAAGAGAUUAACUGCUGUUAAAAAUGACCCGGUUAAUGGCUCCCUCUCCAUGAGUGUAUUCUGGUUAGCACCACAAUUCAUCAUCAUCGGUGCAGGAGACGGGUUCGCCCUGGUCGGCUUACAAGAGUAUUUCUACGACCAGGUCCCUGAUUCCAUGAGGAGCUUAGGCAUUGCAUUCUACCUUAGCGUGAUCGGAGCUGCUAAUUUCCUUAGCAGCAUGCUAAUAACACUCGUCGAUCACGUCACCGAGAAAGGAGGGGAAAGCUGGUUCGGCAAAGACUUGAAUAGCAGCCGCUUAGACAAUUUUUACUGGUUAUUGGCAAUCAUGACGAUGGGGAAUUUGUUCGUCUUCGUCUUCGUGGCGAAUUGGUACACUUACAAGAAUGUCCAGAGGGUGGCUGUAGCAAAUUGCAAUGAAGAUGAAGAUGGUGCUGGAUCGAUGGCUUGACUUCUAUAACUCAUUGGUCUUCACAUAAAUAAAAAUAGUUGGUGCUUUUGUUUAGUGUUUCCUAGUCUUCAAUUAAAGCAAGUUAUGAGAUUGUAGCAUAUUAGUAAAGCUGAAUCUGUUGCUUCUAUCUGCGUCUUAUAUGUUCCUAUUAGUAUAUCACCUUGCAUCCAUGAAGU